UUUUUCUUCUUGCAGGGUCUCCUUUGAAAGAUGGUGUUCUAGUUAAGCAGGCGCUCAAACUCCUUUACAACAAUGUGUCACUAUACAGGAAUCCUAAAUGCUGGAGUUCCCUCAUCAUGAUCUUGGGUAGUAGCAAUUUGCUGGAAAAAAGUGGGCACCUACAUCCCCUAUGCCUGAAAGAGCCACCGCUUGACUUCCAAAAGGGGGUGCUCGCUGCCAGUGGCGGCCUUUUGGAGGAACUGAAGUCAAAAAUUAAUGUUUCUUUACCACCUGCUAUUUUGUCUCCUCAUUUGCACCAUGAGGCUUGUCUUAUUCUCGCAGUGCAAGCAGUACAACAGAUGCUUUUUUGUGAUCUUCCAUACUUGACUUCCUUCUUAGAGAUAGCCCUGGCUUUUGGGAAUAACUUUUGGGCUCUGAGGCUGUUACUGGACCAUCUUUCCUACGAAGAACAUGUUCUCCAUGGCACUGUCAACCUGAUUUUGAGAGAUCUAAAUCGUCAGAAAGCAACAAUGCUAAAACUGUGGCAAAACCUCGGUCCCCAGUAUGUGGGUGAAUUCCUUUGCCUGUUCCUGACUUGCAGACAUAAGAAGAUGCAAUCCAUUGGCCUGUUCACUCUGAAUAUUAUUACAGAGAACCUGCAUAUGUGUCCAUGGGCAAAGCAUCUUUGCAACUUCUUUCACAAUGCAGGAUUAAGGCACCUGCCCCUUGGCACUGCAGCUCAUCAUGAAGUCUCAAAGUUCAUAAACAUUUUUGAAAAACUGUAAUUUGGCAAAAUCUUCAGGAAUAUUUUCCAAUUUGUCUUAAUCUGAGAAAUCUCUUCCUGGAGUCCCCUGUGUUCUGCUUUGGUUGUCAUCUCCAAAAACAUUCAGCUAAAAACUGACUUCAUACAAAUCCAAAAACGAGCUCCUAGGUUAAGAUGUUGAACAGUGGCUGUAUUUCAGCAGACGUGUUUGGGAAAUUUCCUUUCUUGUAGGUCCCUGUAUUAAGCAGUUUAAUUUUAAAGAAGUGGCAGGUUUAAGUUUGGUUGUUUUUUUUUUUUUUAAAAAAACCAGUCCACAGAGAGAUGCUGAUGAGGGGUGUGGGAGGAAUGAGGGGAGAGAAACACAGAUGAAGUAGAAAGCACCACAAGUCUUUACUUCUGUUGUGUUGCACAGCUGUGCUGUGGGCAAGAUGUCUGCAGCAGAACAACUGCUGAGCACGCUAAAGUUUUUUAAAAAAGGAAAAGUGCCACUUCACAGGUGUACAACAGUAUGCAUUAAAAUGCUGUUUGCACACCCUCUUUUAUUUAGUGUAUAAUUCUAAAAAGUAAACCACUCUUGAGGCUGAAGGACAUUAACUGAAGCUUUCUUACUUGCUUGAAGAAACCAGAUUCAGGAAGGCCUAAUGCAGUAAAUAGCUUUGUUUGUAAAUAAAAAACUCUAGUUUUCAGGGUCUUCCAGUUAUGGGGCUUUGUUUUUAUUUUCUGCAGUGGGUGACUGUUAGACUGGUGCUGAUGGCUCUCUGGGUUUCUCAAAUCCUUAUUAUAGUGAUAAGUUUCAGAGUUCACUUCUGAACUGUGGAGGUAGAAAUAGAGAAAUAUUUCUAGCCUGGUUUAUACUCUUUUUUUUUUUUUUGCCCCACUACAAUACCUGUCUGCAUUGGUUUGGCAGUCAGGGGAAAAAGAAUCUUAAUAUGUGAUGAACUGUAUUUUGCACAUUUAGGGCUUUCAGUGGCUUUUGCAGCUUUUGUUAUCCUAAAUAAGCUAUACUAUUAUUCAAGUUUUCUACAAAAGCGUACAUGUAUCUAAAUCAAGACAAUGUUAAGUAAAACUCUGUAGAAA